AUGUUUGUGGACUACUAUGCUCUGCUUUCGUUGCAUCCAUCCUGUUCCGCGAAGGAGGUGCGGGAUGCGUUUAAACGGCUUGCCCUGCUGUACCACCCGGAUCGUCCUGACGAGGGCUGCACGGAGAGUUUUCGUGACAUCAAGGACGCGUACGAUGUAUUAAGUGAUCCGACGCGGCGGUACCUGUACGAUUUGGGGUACGCGGAGGUAAAGGAGGCGCAGCAGCGCCAGCUGCAGGAGGCGCAAAUUCGGAAGCAGCAGCGACGGCGUGAGCGGGAGGGAGCGGAGGAGUUGGCGCGAAAACGACCUGUUCAGCCACAACCCCCAAGAAAUGGCGUCCAAGUUUCUAACUCGAUGUAUCCCGACGCGGUGCGGCAGGUGCCGUCCUUGGGAAGUUCCUCCCGCGUACUGCGCACGCCGCUGUCAAGCAGCCACCGUACGUUGGCGCCAGGUUUUGGUCGUCGGCCGAUUCGGGAGGCCGUGGAACGGUCGAGGGAGGCGGCUGCACAAGCGGUACCCAGGCAAGGGUCGGGGCUUGUGGCUGUCAGGCGAGGUCGUUUAGCUGAACUCGAGCGUAGCGACGCCGGCAUCGGUGAUACAAAUACGCCUUCUGGGUACAACUGUCAAGCGACGGAUGGGUCUUCGCCCCCCGAUGCGCGCUGUUCGUCCACCCAGACGAGCCAAAGUAGCCAAAACGCCACGGAAGCCGCCAUGGGCGGCCAACAGCCAUUGCAGCAGGGGCCCAAACCACAGCACUGGGAGCGGUGGACCUCCGUAAGCAAGAGCCAUGGCGUGAAGUCGCGUGUCGUCCCAAAAGUAACAACGCUUCAAUGGGGUGAGGAUAAUUUAUUGCCACGGCGGUCAAACGACGUUCCUGCGUCUGAUUCCUUUGGGAGAAAUGUGAUUAAAACGUGGCAAGUCUUUUUCCAGGUGUCCGCGAUGGGUGAAGGGGAGUGA